UAAUAGAAAGAGAUUUGUCAAUGAAGGUUUGAAUAGUGCAUCAGGAAUUUCAAAUAAGUUUUCUUCCUUUUUUUGUGAACCAUGUGAUGAAAAGGGUGAACAUGUGAGAGACGUGUUUGUGAGAGAUAUUUUGAGCUUUGAAGAAAGUUAUGA